GUUUGGUGUAGCGGCGGAAAGGGGCGGGGCUGGUAACCGCGGUGCCCGCAGACACAGAGACGUUCUCUCAGCAGAACAAGCCGCCAUCUUAGCUCGGCACCGGAGAAGCGGAGAGGGGGACGUAAAGGCGAGGAGCUCGGGACUGACCUCCGCAUUACUGAAGGAGGAAGACUGGGACCGGCUUAUCACAGCAGGGUGGACAAGAUGCCCGGGAUGUGGCGGUGCUCCCCGGCCUGCCUACUGCUCAUCACCGGCCUGCUGUGCGGGGCUUUGGCCGCUAGGGUCAACAAGCAUAAACCAUGGAUCGAAACAACAUACCAUGGGAUUGUAACGGAAAACGAUAAUGCCGUCUUACUGGAUCCUCCUCUCAUAGCGCUAGACAAAGAUGCCCCGCUACUUUACGCAGAGAGUUUUGAGGUGACAGUCACCAAAGAAGGUGAAAUCUGCGGCUUUAAGAUCCACGACCAGGACGUUCCGUUUGAGGCCGUGGUGGUAGACAAGUCCACCGGAGAGGGGGUCAUCCGCUCCACGCAAAAACUGGACUGCGAAUUGCAGAAGGACUAUACAUUUACCAUCCAGGCCUAUGACUGCGGGAAAGGACCAGAUGGAUCAAGUGCCAAAAAGUCUCACAAGGCCACUGUACACAUCCAAGUGAAUGACGUGAACGAGUACGCUCCAGUCUUCAAGGAGAAAUCAUACAAGGCCACGGUCAUCGAGGGGAAGAAAUAUGACAACAUCCUUCAAGUGGAGGCUGUGGACGCCGACUGCUCGCCACAGUUCAGCCAGAUCUGCAGCUACGAUAUAGUGACACCUGACGUGCCGUUCACCAUUGACAAAGAUGGUUACAUCAAGAAUACAGAGAAGCUGAAUUACGGUAAAGAGCGCCAGUACAAGCUUACAGUGACCGCCUACGACUGCGGGAAGAAAAGGGCUACAGAGGACAUUUUGGUCAAAAUCAACAUUAAGCCAACAUGCAAAGCAAGCUGGCAAGGUUAUAGUAAAAGAGUGGAGUAUGAGCCUGGCACAGGGUCCCUGGCAUUAUUCCCUGGCAUGCAUCUGGAGACCUGCGAUGAACCCAUCACGUCAAUUCAAGCAAUGGUGCAGUUGGAAACCAGCCACAUCGGCAAAGGCUGUGACAGAGACACAUACUCCGAAAAGUCUAUCCACAGACUAUGCGGUGCUACUGCGAACACUGCCGAACUGCUCCCACCUCCUGGUAGUGCCGCCAACUGGACCGUGGGGCUUUCAACUGAUAACGGCCAUGACAGCGACCAAGUGUUUGAAUUCAAUGGCACCCAGGCAGUAAAGAUCCCCGAUGGCAUUGUGAACGCCGACCUCAAAGAUCCCUUUGUUAUCUCCGUUUGGAUGAGGCACGGACCAGGUGGCCGAGAGAAGGAAACCAUCUUGUGCAAUUCUGAUAAAACAGACAUGAACAGACACCACUACUCUCUGUACAUCCACAACUGCAAAGUGGGCUUCCUUUUCCGCCAGGAGCCCAUGGAGGAAAAGACUUACAAGCCUGCCGAAUUCCACUGGAAGCUGAAUCAGGCAUGUGACAAGGAGUGGCAUCAUUAUGUACUGACCGUGGACUUCCCCGCAGUUACAUUGUAUGUGGAUGGGGUUUCCUAUGACCCCACCACAAUGACCGAGGACUACCCCCUCCAUCCUACCCAUCUGGAUACUCAGCUUGUGGUUGGUGCCUGCUGGCAAGAGUAUUCAGGAAGUGGAAAUGUCACUGACCCAAUGACUGAGAGUGAUGCAGGUGGCGAGCAGCACAUGGCGCAGUUCUUCCGUGGAAAUCUCGCCGGAUUAAUGGUCAGAUCUGGCAAGUUGGAGAGCAAGAAGGUGAUCGAUUGUCUGUAUACCUGCAAAGAGGGUCUGGAGUUCCCACCGGCAGAGGGCAUUGGGAAAGGCAUGAAGAUCACUUUAAGUCCCAGCCAAUCUAUGUUGACCCUGGAGGGUGAUGACAUUGACCGCUUUGACCAGGCCAUGCAGCACAUAUCCUACCUGAACUCCCGCCAGUUCCCUACGCCCGGCAUCAGACGACUGAAGAUUACCACCACUGUGAAGUGCUUCAACGAGGAGACCUGUAUCAGUGUGCCCGACGUGGACGGUUACGUCAUGGUGCUGCAGCCCGAGGAGCCCAAGAUCAGCCUGAGUGGCAUUGACCAUUUUGCCCGCGCAGCCUCGGAGUUUGAGAGCACGGAGGGUGUGUCCCUGUUCCCAGAACUGCACAUAAUCAGCACCAUCACCCGGGAGGUGGAGGCUGAGGGCGAGGGGGAUGAGGAUCCUACUGUUCAAGAGUCUUUGGUGUCGGAGGAGAUCAUGCAUAACCUGGAUACAUGUGAGGUCACCGUAGAUGGCGAGGACCUGAAUCCUGACCAGGAGAGUCUCCAGCUGGAUCUCACUCACCUUCAGCAGAAGGGGCUCGAGAUGACCAGCAACAACCAAGGGAUCGUCAUCACCGGUGUGGAUACAAUGGUCCACUACGAGGAGGUCCUGCAUCUGAUCCGCUACAGGAACUGGAACACCGCCACCCUAUUCGAUCGUAAAUUCAAACUGAUCUGUUCUGAGCUGAACGGGCGCUACAGCAGCAACGAGUUCAAAGUGGAGGUAAAUGUGAUCCACACAGCCAGCCCUGCUGAGGCCCCCAAUCACAUAGCAUUUCAGCCCCAGUUUGUCCACAAUGCACAUCACUCCUUCGAGGAUCUCUCCGGGCACAAUCUGAUCAACCCGCACCCGACAUCAGUUGUUCCCAGUGCAGCCACCAUCGUCAUUGUGGUCUGUGUGAGCUUCCUGGUCUUCAUGAUCAUCCUCGGAGUGUUUCGUAUCCGUGCCGCUCACCAGAGCACCAUAAGGGACCAAGAGACCGGCAAAGAGAAUGAGAUGGACUGGGAUGACUCGGCACUCACCAUCACCGUUAACCCCAUGGAGACCUAUGAGGACCAGCACAGCAGUGGGGAGGAAGAAGAGGAGGAGGAUGAUGAAGAGAGUGAAGAGGGAGAGGAUGACGACAUCACCAGCGCCGAAUCGGAAAGCAGCGAGGAAGAGGAGGGCGAGCAAGAGGAAGACCAGCAGAACGUCAACCGGCAGCAGCAGCUGGAGUGGGACGACUCCACUCUGACCUAUUGAUCUCCGCUGCCGUCGUUUUCCCGCCCAGUCACCACAGCACACGCCUCCCGUGUACAAAGCCAUUCCAGACACAUCCCACCCGCCUCACGGAACAACCAUGCUUCCUCCGUUCUGCCUGCUGAGUGGCUGGGGUCAUCAUCACUCAGUGUUCCAAUCCAUUCUGCACUUCCCAUGUCCUCUCCGAGGAGGGGGAGGGGACACGGCCGUUUCUGGACUACAAGCGUCAUUCCUUUUAUUUGUUUUCCGAACGAUGCAAAAAUUCCAGUUUUACUGGCGGGGCGGGGCAGGGACUCCACAAAGCCCGGUCAUUUUACUGUUCGGUUUUUUUAUUUUUCUCCACCCGAAAAUCCUGCAUGGUCCAAUAUUGGCGACAUCCACCGAUACCGAAACAAAA